AUGAUAACGCCGAGGUUUAAAUUGAAUCAAGACGAAAAGUCAUUAACUGUAGAAAUUAGAGCACCGUACUGUUCGCUGCGAGAACUACAAGUAGAAGUCGACGAAAACGUAUUUUUAUUUUUCUGCAAGCCUUACUUCCUGCGGCUGUUUCUACCAGGUAAACUCGUCGAAAACGAUAACUACAAGAGCUCGUUCGAUUCCGAUACCGGAGAAUUUACUUUUACGUACGACAAGGCGGAAUAUGGGGAAAAUUUCGAGGACCUCGACUUGAUAACGAAGUUUUUAGUCAACAAAGUGGAAACCAGCUACGAAGAUAGGAAAGUGCUAGUGAUCGAUAACGAAGCGACAUUAAUUAAUAAUGAAGAAUUAUCGCAAGGAUUCGGUUUUGCGCUGAUGGGCCACAAAAAUUUUGUAGCGGUUAGCUCGGAAUUCAGUGAAGUGUUUGAAAUUGAUCCCAACGAAGUUGAUUUAAAAUCGAGGAAAAAACUACGAAUACAGUACGAACAAGGAAAAUUCGACAUGGAACAUUACUUAGCAGAUUUCAUCGACAAUGAAGAAAUUUUGGGUUUAAUAAAGGAGAAAUCACCUUGGGAAGGUUUAAACGAUGACAUCACUUUCACUAACAAAGAAUUGGAUUUUUUGAAAGAUUUACCAAACAUUGAAUACAAAUUGUCUGAUACUCAAAUUAAAUACGUCUUCAACGGAUUGAUAGAUAUUUUGUUUAGUUAUUGUUAUGACGCUCGAACUACUUCUUUCGAACCAACAUCAGAAUCAGGUUGGACCAUCGCUAAAUUAGCAGCAACAUUUUGUUGGUUAGAUGUAUUCGAAUCUCCCAAAGAAGUUUUAAUUUCGGCGUUUAGAAGAAGUGUUACUUAUCCUUUAUACAGAAAUUACGAUUUGUGCUUAGCAAUUUUAAAAGACUUAAAAGACAUACUAAAAUUAAACGAGAAAUAUGUAAUAAAAUGCCUUAUUCAAAUAUAUUAUAUAUUCCUCGGAGGAGAUUGUUGCAGAUAUAUUUUAAACAAUUUAUUUAUUAAGGAUUAUAUUAUAUACAUUAUGAAUUGGGACAAGAUUAAAUGGAGAGAAUUUGUGAAAGAUGUAGAUGGAAUAAGUAUUGAAAAAGAGGAACUAGGACUUAAUUUGAGCGAAAUAGAACAGAAUUACUCAUUGGAGAGUAAAAUGGAAAAUUUGACAAUAUCUCUGGCAGAAAGUGGGGAAAGUGACGAUUCUUCUUCGGAAUCAAGUGAGGAUAUAGACAGCUCUUCCAGCGAUAGUGAAUCAAGUACCGAAACUGAAGAUAAUUAA